UUUUAGAUAAAGUAACAAAUUUAAUAGCAUUUAUAAAAUAAAAAUCAAAGUAGAAUGAGAAGCUGGAUCUAUGAUGUAGAGCUUGAUUUAUUAAAAAAUAAAAGAGGAACUGACAAAUCUAAUGAAAAAUUUUGGUAUGUUGCUUUUUUAUCUAUUAUGACUAUCACGAUUGUAUAUAUAAGCUUAUAUUCCUCAAAUAAGUCGUCUAGUUCAAUUACAAAAAGAAAUUAAAUAUUUUUUGGUAUUAUCUUUUCUAUAGCUGGACUUCUAAUAUUAUUUUCAAUUGCUGUUUCUAUUUAUUAUCUUAAAAAAUUACAAACUAUUUAAAUUGAAGUCGCAAGUUACCAGAGAAAUCCUUUUAAGCGAAAUAGCGGAGUGAGAAAUUCACAUCAUUAAGGAACAUUUUUUAGUAAAACUAAUAGAUCUUAGAUUCAUCACUCUAAUAAACUUAUAAAUAAGGCUGACUCAAAUCAAUCUAUAGAAGAAAUCAAAAACAAUAACAAUACUAAUAUUAACAAUCUUAAUAAUGCAAACUUGAAUAUCUAGAAAAGUUCAUCAUUGGUUGGUUCUCCAAAAGCUAACAAAGAUGGCAAAAAGAGCAAUCUGAGUAGUUAAAAUAGUCUUAACAAUUAAUAGCAAUAACACCAACAAUAAUAGUAAUAAUAAUAAUAAUAAAAUCAAUAGUAAAUUACAAGAGAUGCUUAUAAAAAAAGAAGUUCUCUUAUUUAAAAAAAUAAAGGUCACUUUAUAGAAACUAACAAAGGAAAAGAUUAAAAUAAGUAAGCUAAUAGCUAAAAAGGAUAAUAGAUUAUGAAUGAAGCUGCUAGUAAUAUUGUCCACUUAACAGAGGAAAGCAAUGUUCAUAUUUAGUCAUAGACUUCUUUAAAGAAGCAAUUUUAAUUGAAAUAUGUUUUUUCAACAUAAAUGAUUUGCAUUUUUGGUUGGCUUGCAGCUGCUUGCCAUAUUUCAUGUAUAUACUGCUUUUUCUCUAAAUCACCUUUCUGGAGUACUUCUUAAAUAUGGAACGGCAUUUGCUUAUUUACUCUUUUCCCAACUCAUAUGCUAUCAACUAUCAUAUUUUUAAACGCUAAUUUGAAUUUAUUAAUAGAUAGAUCAUUCUUUAUUAAAUGUAUUUAAAACAAUUACUUUUUUUAAAUAUUUAAGAAUUCAAUCAGCUAAAUUGGAUAUAUAUCAAUGACACUUUUGUUAAUAUCACUAAUAUGGGGCAGUAUAAUAUAGAUUGUUAAAAAUUAAGUUGAUAUAGCUGCAAUUCUGCUAUUAGCCUUAAUAGGAUCAGGAUUUAUUUUAUAUUUCAUAAUUAAAAAAAUCAGUGAAUUUUACAACAAUACUAAUAAAGGUUAUCGUAAUAUCGUAGGCAAUAUUAAUCAUUGA